GGCACCACGGUGAGUUUUUUCGAGAGGUAAUAUGUUAACUGCACUAGGCCUGGGAGGGAAGAGGGACCAAGCAGCUUUUCAUUGACUGUACAGUUAUCGACGGAGAUGAACAGUGCAGUGGCAAUGGAGGCCACCCGGAGACGAACCCAGCCCAGUCCCAAUGGGAAAACAUCUAAAGAGGAGGAGCAGCCUGCACAGUGGGGGAGAGCAUGGGAGGUGGACUGGUUUUCCCUGAUUAGUGUGAUUGGCCUCCUUUGCUUUGCCCCCUUCAUCGUCUUCUACUUUGUGAUGGCAUGUGAUCAGUACCAGUGCUCCAUCAGCCAGCCUCUGUUUGACUUGUACCGUGGAGAGACCACGCUGCUCUCCAUCUGGUCCCGGUCACCCUCCUUCACCUGGUCAGCUGCCAAGAUAUACGCCAUAUGGGUGGCCUUCCAGGUAUUCCUGUACAUGUUUGUUCCUGAUGCUGUCCAUAAGUUUAUUCCUGGCUAUGUUGGUGGAGUGCAGGAUGGAGCACGAACUCCUGCUGGCCUGAUUAACAAGUAUGAGAUAAAUGGGCUGCAGUGCUGGCUGAUUACUCAUGCCCUGUGGUUUGCCAAUGCCCACUAUUUCCACUGGUUUUCUCCCACCAUCAUCUUCGACAACUGGAUCCCUCUGAUGUGGUGUGCCAACAUACUGGGAUAUACUGUGUCUUCCUUUGCUUUCAUAAAGGCCUACCUUUUCCCCACCAACUCUGAGGACUGCAAGUUUACUGGGAACAUGUUCUACAACUACAUGAUGGGCAUUGAGUUCAACCCGCGCAUUGGCAAGUGGUUUGAUUUCAAGCUGUUCUUCAACGGCCGGCCUGGUAUCGUAGCCUGGACCCUUAUCAACCUGUCCUACAUGGCCAAGCAGCAAGAACUGUAUGGCCACAUCACCAACUCCAUGAUUCUGGUCAAUGUACUGCAGGCCAUUUAUGUGUUGGAUUUCUUCUGGAAUGAGGCAUGGUACCUGAAAACCAUUGAUAUCUGCCAUGACCACUUUGGGUGGUAUCUUGGCUGGGGAGACUGUGUCUGGCUGCCAUACCUCUACACACUGCAGGGUCUGUACCUGGUCUACCACCCAGUCCAGCUGUCUAACGGCCAUGCCCUGGCUGUCCUGUUGCUUGGCCUCAUCGGUUAUUACGUCUUCCGCUCCACCAACCACCAGAAGGACCUGUUCCGCCGCACGGAGGGCUCCUGCUCCAUCUGGGGCCGCAAGCCCACGUACAUCGAGUGCUUGUACCACUCCGCCGACGGUGGCGUCCACCGCAGCAAGCUCUUGACCACGGGCUUCUGGGGCGUGGCCAGGCACUUCAACUACACGGGUGACCUGAUGGGUUCUCUGGCCUACUGUGCCGCCUGCGGCUUCGGCCACAUUCUGCCGUACUUCUACAUUGUUUACAUGACCAUCCUGCUGGUCCAUCGCUGCGUGCGUGAUGAGCACCGCUGCAGCAGCAAGUACGGGAGGGACUGGAAACGCUACACAGACGCUGUGCCUUAUCGGCUGAUCCCUGGAGUCUUUUAGAGAGGAAGAGGAGUGUAAGGAGGGAGAGAAGCAGGGAGGGAGGGAUGCAGUUUAAGAAUAAGAUAGAUACAGAAAUCAUGUACAAAAUUGGAAUGAGGUGUGUGUAUGACUGUGUAUGUGUAUGUCAUAUACAUAUCAAGAAUACAUAACACUAUAUAUACAUGGUAACACAGCAUUUCAUGUAUUUGUAUUUUUCAUGCGUGUUUGGACUGUUGUACGUGUGCAUAUACAGGCACAGUACAGUUUAUUGCUAUAUGUCUCUGCCUUUGUAAAGGCAAUUUGAUACACCAGUCUGCUGCUUUCUUUAUGCUGUGACAAUUUAACAUAGUCAAACACAUUUUUUAAAAGUACAAGCUCAUAAGACCAAGCACAAUUUUAACCAGCUCAAGUCAAAACCAGGGCCAGAAACAGAGCCAGUUCUGUAGUGAACUGGUGUCUGUGACACAAUGCUGUGACAUCCCCACAAUGUAGCUUAGUAUGGGUUAUAUGGCAACUGUACUAACUAAUUAGAACUAACUAGAUUAAUAGAAAAGAAAUGUUUUAAAUUCAGUCAUUUAUCAAGACAAUGACCAAAUCGUGGCUGGUGCUUGUUUCUCAAAUAUGAGAAUAUGAUGCUUUUAUAUUGUAGUAAAUUGAACACCUGUAAUUUUUUGCUCAGAGAAAUAAGCAAUUUGAUGCUGUCACUUUACACUCAGGUACCCUAUGAUAGGGGCUAUUCAUUGUUUUGGCUGUUGCAGACUAAAUGAGAAAUCAUCAAUGAUGGCUGAUGUAUUUAUUAAUCAAUACUAACUAUAUUUUGUUGCUGCCCUACUGGCUUAAUGGACCAAAUGAGAUUUUUGGCUCCAGUGGUGUGACCCUGCCUCAUAUAAGAGUUAUGUAAUCUUUGUAUAAAGGUUGUCUGAGUGCUUGGAUUUAUUCACUGUCUUUUGCUCGUCUUGUUGGUGAGAAUUUCCCUCAUUGUGGUUGAGAGAGCAAGUUCACAUAAUCCAGGUUUGUUGUAGACGGGACAACUAUUAACAGCACUUCCUGUUCUAUCUGAUGAACUGCCUGAGCCUGCGAGGCCUUCUGAAAUGUAACAAUUACAUUUAGUUAGAUCGUUGUAUUUGCUCUUUGUUAAAUCAGCAGGUUAGCCAUCCUUAGCUCUGUGCUGAUGAAAAUGUUUUUGCUGUGUCCAACCAUCACAUUUGUUUUGUUUGGUUUUAUUUCCUCAUACCAGCACUGCCUUUCUUAUAGUGAAAAAGUAACAAAAUAAAGUUCAAUUUUUUUUCUAUCUA